UAUAAAAUAAAAAAAUAAAAAAACAAAAUAUAUUAUUGGGGUUAUGUUACGUUUGUCGAUUUCAUUGUAUUAUUUGAGUUUUAUUAUUUAUAUAUAACUAUUGAUAUGGAAAAACAUUUUGCAGCCUUAAAAUUAUUCGAUUCAGAUUCUGAUAAGAUAUUAAAAGAAGCACUUAAUUAUUCUGAAACGUCAUCUUCUCAUCGAAUUUGUUUAAAUCAAAUUUAUCGGUCUAAAAGUCAAUCUAACUUGGUUAGACAAUAUAGUUAUGAACAAAUAUUUAAUGAAAAUAUAACUUCAAAACAAAUAAAAUUACCAGAAUUUACGCAAACUGGCAAUAAAGCUAUCAAUUAUCAAACAACGGAAUUUUAUUAUAGCCCGAAUAAAUCUCUUAAUAGACAGUUUUCCAAAAGUAGUAAUAUAUUACAAGCACCAAAAUUUGUUUUAAACAAAACAUCAAAUGAAAUAUCUUCUAGUGCAAAUAAUAUAAAUGAAUCAAACUCUUUGUUGUAUUGUCCUAUAAAAAAUACAACAACAAAUGUGACAGAUACAAAAAAAGAAGUUGAAGAGUUAUCAUCUGUAAAAUUAAAUAAUUGUGAAGAAGUACAUACUAUAUCAGAAGUAAAAGAUGUUACAAAAAUUAUAGACGAAAAGACAUAUCAAAAUAUAAAAAAGAAGUUCAGACCAUUAGUAAUGAAGAAUAAAAUUGCUCAAAAAAAAAAGACAAAUAUGUGUUAUUAUAGUUGUUUAACUUUAGGCAUAUUACCAGUAAUUGCAAUUAUAUUUGCAUUACUGUUAGAUUUAAAUGUACCCACAUUUUGUGAUCGUGCUAUGAUUUUUUCAAAUGCUAGUCAAGAAUUACAAAAAAAAAUACAUGGACAGGAAAAUGCAAUUUCACAAAUUAUUAAACAUUUAAAUCAAGAUUUCUUUUAUUUGAAAGUUUUAUGUCUCAUAGGUGGAACAGGAGUUGGGAAAUCUUAUACUGUCGAUACAAUAGCAAAACAUUUUCCUUUUAGAAAAGCGAUUCAUACAUAUGAUGCAUUGUUAGAUUAUUCUAUGGACAUAAAUAUAUUAAAUUCAUUACCUUCAUAUCAAUUAUUUAUUAUGGAAAAUUUAAAAAUAAAAGAUUUGGAUGUCUUUUCUAACAUACUAGAUGCGCUAAGUCAAAAAAGAGAUAAAUGUAUUACAAUAAUAGCAAUUUUUAAUGUAGAAGAAAUAAAUGAUAACUUAGAAAGAAAAAUAGAUUUAAUACAAAGUAGAAAUAAAAUUCAAGAAAUACUGAUUAGGAAAAAAAUUGAUAGUUUAAUUGUUCCUUAUCAACCGUUGAGUGAAGAAACAUUACAGAUUUGUAUAAUAGAAGCAGCAACAGCUAGUGAUUUAACACUUACAUUGGAUCAAAUAAAUGAAAUCAAAAAAAGCUUAUUGCAGUUUGGCAGUGGCUGCAAAGGAGCCUAUGCUAAGGUACAAAUUAUUGAUAAACACUAAAGGUCAGUUAUGAAUUUUUUGAAACAUACAUUUUCUUUUCUCUAAAAAAAAAAAAGAAAAUGUUCAAGACUAAAAUCUAUAAA